UCUCUCCUAGAAACGUAUGCGUCCCCCUUUCUGUGGUGCAAUUGGUGCAACAAAUAAAAGUUAGAGAGAGAAAGAGAACCAAGAUUAUUAAAAAGCACCAAAAUUUUUCUUGGUCUUUGGGGUUGUAGUAGUAGCAUAUGGUCUUGCACUCUCUCUCUUUCUCUCUUUCUCAUCUGUGAAAUCUGACCUGAAAGAUCACUUCUGGGUCUGAGUGCGUGAGUGGUCUUUCUUUCUUAGCCAGCCAAAAAAUCUCUUGGUUAGAGAUAGAGAGAUCAAAAUCUUAUCUUUGCACCGAUGAGGAUCCGUAAAAGGCAGGUUCCCUUGCCUCUCUCGUCUCUCUCUCCGGUUCCUCUCUCAGAUCCCCUCCUCAACCGGUCUCCGGUGGUGCAACUCCAACUCCACGAUGCCACGCACCCAAAAGCCUCAAACCCACUUGGAAAUCUCACCCCACAAGGCGAUAGAGAUGCCCACUUUGAUAAACCGCCGUCCGAUCAACCCAAUCAACUUCUCUCACCGAUCGGAGGAGGAAGCAGUGGCCUGGAUUGCUCGGAUGAUGCUGGUGGGACACACCAGGGGAAUAAUAAGAAAGAUUUCUCGGCGUUAUUGCUAGGGGAAGAUGAGAGAAGGAGCGAGCGAGAGAAGGGUAAUGAUAUCAGGAGGGGAGGCAUCCUGGGUGCAGAAACUGUUACUGGGGUUCUUCCAGAAUCAAGCACUUCCCAUCAAGCACCUGGAAGAUGGUGUGAAGGAGAGAAAGCAUUCCCACCAAAGAAGAGAAGAAGUACCUUUGAAAGAAGAGCGAACGAAGACGCGAUAAUGGAGAAAGACAAGAAGAUGAUCAAGACUAAGAUGAAGACGAAGAUGAACAAGAAAUGUGCACAACAAUACGACGAAGGAGAAGAGAAGGAAACAAAGGAGGCUCCUGAGAAUACCAGUGCAAAAAAGAGGGGUAGAGGUGGUGCACUUAUGGAGGGAUCGAGGUGCAGUCGUGUUAAUGGGAGAGGAUGGAGAUGCUGCCAACAGACCCUUGUGGGCUACUCUCUUUGUGAGCAUCACUUGGGAAAGGGGAGGCUAAGGAGCAUGGCAAGCGUUCGAAGCCGAUCCUUGGCUGGGAAUAAUACUGCUCCGAAAAUGGAUCAUGAGUCGGAGCCAGUACUUUCGGCACCUUCGUCGUCGUUACAGGAAAACAAACCAAAAGAUUCUGUGUCAGAUAAUGAUGGAGAUGAUGAUGGUCAUGAAGAUGAGAAGAAACCAUUGAUGGUCACGAAGAAAAGGAUGAAGCUUGGGAUGGUGAAAGCGCGUUCCAUAAGCAGCUUGCUCGGCGAAACAAACAACGGGCAUAAUGUUAUGGCUGAUAAUCAUCAUGAUCAGUAGUAAGGCAAAGUACGUACAUACUCUCUGAAGGCAAAACCUGCGAGGAUUAUUGCGUGUCGAUCGAAAGCCAUAAAAAACACAAUGGAGGUUCAGGUUUGACGUUGUGUUACGCAAGCUAGUACUGGUGCAACUGCUUUCAACAUCCGUUUGCGUUUGAUAGUUUUAAUGAAAUAACGAAUAUUAAUUAAUGCUUUUAGUUAUCAUCAAUUUCUUUUUUUCCUUUGAAAUCUUUUCGUUAAUUAGUUCGAUGAUCUUUUGUUUAAUAUCAAAUUAAGAAGUACAUGGGAAUUUAUAUAUUUUGCAGCUUAA